GUGUGUGUGUGUAUGUGUGUGUUUGUUUGUGAUGGAGGAAACGUCUCUGGACUCGAGAUGCAGUUCAUCUUCUGGCCUGCGGCGGCGUCAACCUGCCUGAGCCUGGUGAGAAGCGGGAGGAAGGGGCAGAAGAAGAAGGUUUCCGGUGCGGCCUGUACUUCCGGCGGAGUGUUUCCGUGAAGGAGUUGAAGCAGUUUCUUGUUUGACUCUUUGAAUCUCUGAGUUGAACGUUAACGUGUCGUCAGGGUGACCGCGCGAGCCGCUCUGCUCUCAGGUGGUAUUUAAGAUGACGUCUGGCCUGGUGGCGCCCCCUGGAGGAGGAGAGCAGCUCUGCGUGUUCAUGCUGAGAGCCGAGGAGGAGGUGAGGAGGAGGGAGGUGGGCUGUCAGUGGGAGAGUCCAGAGAGGAGGGAGGUGGGUUGUCAGAGCGACGCCACCGAGAGGAGAGACGCUGCCGUCCAGGUGGACCUGCUGGACCAGCUCCGCCAUGCAGCGUCGCCUGCAAUGCUGCUGCAGUGUUUCUCAGUCCGACCUGACGGACCCGACGGUGGCGCUCUGCUGCAGUACUGCACCUCCAGCACCAGAACCAGAACCAGAACCAUCAAACCUGCUGCCAGGCUCUCCCCCAAACCCACCGAGUCCAGGACCCAGAGGAGACCGACCCCUCGCAGCUCCAACGCAACCAGGCGCCUUCCACCUAAACGUCGGGGCCGGGGCCGCCGUCGCCACCGCCACGUGUCACCUGACGCUGACCAUCAGGAAGAGGAGGGGGAGGAUGAUGAUGAGGAGGAGGGGGGGGAGGGGGAAGACGGCUCAGGUGACCCUAACUGGACUCCACCUGCAGACGUCCAUGCUCCCCCGUCGUCUCUGGACUCCAACCCCCAGCAUGCACCUGUGUGUGCAGUGAAGCUGAAGGCCGGCAGCAUCAUGUGCGACGUCUGUGGCAAAGUGAUGAAGAACAAGUCGAGUCUGGCGCGACACUCGUUCAUCCACACGGGGAAGAAGCCGUUCGCCUGCGACCUCUGCGACCUGCGCUUCAACCGCCGCGACAACCUGCAGCACCACGUGACGCGGCUGCACCCGCACGGCGUCGCCAAGCUGCAGAAGCAGCGCGAGCUGCAGGCAUGGCUCUGCGCUGCCUGCGGAAAAACCUUCAGCUGCAGGUCGCGGCUGAAGGCGCACGAGGUCGUCCACUCAGGGGUCAAACCUCACCGCUGCGACCUCUGCCCCAAAGCCUACAUGAGGACCAACGACCUCGAGCACCACAAGAAGAUUGUCCAUGCGGGCACCGAGCCGCAGCGGCCGAGUUCGCUGCUCUGCGACUUCUGCGGUAAAGAGUUUAAAUGCCGAUCGCAGCUGCUCAUCCACUUCCAGACUCACACCGGCGAGCGGCCUCAUCUCUGCGACAUCUGCGGACGCAAGUUCGCCCGACAGCAUCAGCUCAAACGACACAAGAUCCUGAUCCACACCAACCAGCUGAGCCACGAGGAGAACCCCUCGCCCGACUCGCCGUUCGCCUGUGGCGUCUGUGGGAAGCGACUCAAGUCCCAAGCUCUUCUCGCAGCUCACGCUCACAUCCACACCGCAGACAAGCCGCACCGCUGCGGCGUCUGUCUGCGCAGCUUCCAGCGUGCCACCUGCCUGAAGCAGCAUCACCUGCGCGUCCACCUGAAGGUCAAAAUGAACAACGCGCCACACGCUGCGGGCAGCAGGAGGAGCGCCGUGCAAGCCAGAGCAUUCCCGUGUCACAUCUGCAGUAAAGUUUUCAAAUUCAAGUCUCUGCUGGCGAGUCACUCGCUGAUCCACAGCGAGCUGCGACCGUAUGCCUGUGACUUCUGCAGCCGCAGCUUCAGACGCCUCAGUCACCUGAAGAGGCACCGCGAGGUUGUCCAUGCCAACGGAGCGCGGCCGCCGGCGAGUUUCGUCUGUCACAUCUGCGGCAAAGACAAGAAGUGUCGCUCGCAGCUCGACAGACACGUCAUCAUCCACACCGGCGAGCGGCCGUUCGCCUGCGACCUCUGCGCCGCUCGCUUCAACCGUCGCGGGAACCUGCAGCAGCACCGCAGGCGCAUGCACGGCAUGGGGCAGCCGUCGCCUGAGGAAGCCCCGCCCUUCCUGUUCGAUGAUGACAUGACGCCCGCGCUGACGUACAAACAGGAAGAGACAGUCGUGUCCGUCGAUGCUGAGCCAUUUCACACGGAGAUGCUCGACACCACCUGACGGCGUCUGAACUGAGCGCGCUCAGAAUGUCUCUGACUGACACGUGACCAGACAAAUAGGAAGUGACUCUAAUGAACCUAUGAUCAAUCUGACAAUCAGUGAUCGAUCAGUGAAUCGGUGAAGUUCAUAUUUCCUCCACAUCAUCGUUUCAUUAAACAAACAUCGACGCAGCUGAUUGGUUUAAAGUUUUAAUGACAUCACAAAGUUUGACGUGCUGAAGAAUCACACACACACACGCACACACAGACGUUUACAGUGUGUGUGUGUUGGGGGGGGGUCUCAUCAAUCACUCUGAUGAACUAUUUCUGUGGCAACAGGAACCAGAAGCUAAUUUAAAAUCCAAUUUAUAUUUAAUGAGUCAGAUUAAAGGAUUAAAUGUUACAUUUAAAAAAAAAACCUUGCCCACUAGCCCACAUUAAUACGUUGUAGUUUUAAAACUCAUCACUGUUGCUAUGGUUACAACUGGCAUCCACACAACACAAACAGAGACAAUCUACUUCCUGUUUACACUUUCUGGUCACGUGACGGAGACAAAACAUUCGAUUUAGAUUAAUAAUGAAAACGUGACAUUGUGGGCAGAGCCUCUGUCUCCAGCAGUGUAAGAUUGUGUUCAACAUGCUAGAGCUAAAGCUAACCACUAAGAACAAAAUAAAAUUAAUUUCUCAAUAAA